GUCGUUUCUUUCACACAAGGAGGCAGGACGCAAAAAAGAAGAGAAGACGAUGAGUGUCGCAUGUCAUGGCGACGGGGAAUCGAUUUAUGCGCUGCCAACCCGGAAUAUGGCGGUUCAACGCAUCAAUCGCUUCAUCAGGAAGAUGGAUAUGAAGGAAGUUGAAGCCGAUUUGAUUUCUCUCACGCGUGCCGAGACGGAUCCUGGUGUGUACGUGUGCGAUGCCUCGCUUGAAGAUUGGAAACGAUAUGUGAAAUCCGAGCAACAAGCGCUGCUGUCGCGUGCAAUGGCUUGGAACCAUGGCAAGAUUUACAUUGUCGAAUUGCCUGGAAGAAUUCACGACAAGAUCUCGAGAUCUCUAGACAUUGCUGUGAUUUCUGCAACUGGUACGGGCGAGGAGCACUUACUGUCCUGUGGAUCAGCAUUCGUUGACACUCUUGCGCACAUCGAGCCGGAUUCCAGCUUUGGUCCUGCCCCUGGUUUUGGCGCAACUCUACCCCAUGGUUUGACCUGGAUGGAGUAUCAUACGUUGAAAGUGGAAGUGGGAGUGGCAAGAGGAUGGCCACACUUGGAUGCGAAAGCCGUUCAAUGGAGCCAAUUUCCUGGAGUGGAAUACAUUCUCCUCAUCCGUCUCUCACCGGCUCUGCGAGUCUACCAGUACAAGCUGCAUUCAGUGGUUGGUGGCGCCAUUGAACCACCGGCUAUGGUUGCGACACCGAUUAUGAAUCCGACCAAUGUGGUUUUGGAUUCGCGCCGCCUUUUAGGGCUUCCUGCACUUGCACCGAUUCCAGCUCAUUUCACUGCCCUCAAUCUAACAAUUGAUUUGUUUCCGCUCGUGCAGAGGAUUAUUGCCCUUGCUAACGCGUAGUUGGAGCCACCUUGGAAUGCAUGAGUGCGUCCUUCUAGCCUUCUACUUGUAGUUCGUUUGAAAUAUAUUAAUGAAUAAUCAUACGUUUCUCCGAAAUCAUGAA